AUGGAAAAGUUCGUGCAAGUACUAAAGAUGAAGACGAAGACGUUUAUCGUAUGGCUUAUUUUAUUAGCGGCUGUUGUCGUGACCGUCGCCAAAGAGGCUUCCGUGGAGGACAAGAAAGAUGCUAAGAAAGUAGAGAUACCGACCGUGGAAGGAAAAGGAGAAGCUGCCGCUGAGGCAGUCGUUGAAGAAGAGAAGGAAACCAAUUAUGAAGUUGAUAACCGAGGAGGAGGAGGAGGAUGGAAGGGAGGCGGUGGCCAAGGGGGAGGAUGGAAAGGAGGCGGUGGUAGAGGCGGAGGAUGGAAAGGAGGCGGUGGUGGUGGAGGAUGGAAGGGAGGUGGUGGUGGAGGUGGAGGAUGGAAGGGAAGUGGCGGUGGUGGAGGAUGGAAAGGAGGUGGUGGCCGAGGAGGUGGUGGCCGAGGAGGUGGUGGUGGAGGAUGGAAAGGAGGUGGUGGAGGUGCUGCCGAGUUGGACACCGAGGAGAUAAAUGGUGGUUCAGAAGAUGUACAAACGUAUAGAGGCGGCGGUGGCCAAGGUGGAGGAUGGAAGGGAGGCGGUGGCCAAGGUGGCGGUUGGAAGGGAGGCGGCGGCCAGGGUGGAGGUUGGAAGGGAGGCGGCGGCCAGGGUGAAGGUUGGAAGGGAGGUGGCGGUCGAGGUGGUGGUGGCGGUGGAGUGUAG